AUGGUCUCUGCAAGGAGGGGAGUUGAUAAUAUGAGAAGUUGCAAAUAUCACACAGAACAAGGGCCAAACCUGGGGAAAAGUUCCUCAAGAAUUUUAUCAUUUUCAUCGGGAAAGAUGUUGCUGGCCUUUGCAGUGGUCUCCGAUUGUGGCGUUUUUUGGUUCUCUGGAUCAGUGAUAAUUCUUGCAUCACUAUGGGAUGUUAACAAAGGUUCUGUGCAUCAGUUAUUGGAUGGUCAAUUUCCAAUUAUGUUCAAGGUGUUGGCUUGGGAUCCAUUGUCCAAGUCAUGGGUUGCUUCUCUUAGUUCAGAUAGAACUUGCAGACUUUUAGGUGUAAUAAGCCUGAUACAAAAUAACAAAAAGGAUGUUGAGAAGAUAAGUUAUGUGUCAGGCAACAUCACUUCCUUGCAAAGGAGAAAGACAACGGCCAGAACAGAUGUUUCUAAGUCUUCGAAAAUCCAUCUCUUCAUAGAUGAAACAUUGACAUCUUUCUUUCGAAGAUUGGCAUUGGAUCACCGUGAUGGAUCAUUUUUUCUACUUGCUGCAGGUUCUUACAAAAUUUCACCUGCUUCAGAGACGGUAAAUACUGCUUAUGUAUUUUCAGAAAAGGAUUUUUCAAGGCAAUGUGCCCUUAGAGCUUAUUAUUUCUUUUUUAUUGACAUCCCGGGUUACUUCAAGCUUCCUUAUCGCCUAAAUUUUGCGUGGGCAACUUAAAACUCAUUGUAUAUAUAUGACAACAGAGGAUGCAUCUCAAUAUGCAAUCUUGGUGGUCUUCCACUAUGCAGCCUAACCGACAUUGCCAUGGUCAUUCCAAUCGCCCCAGUUAUUGGCGCUUUGUCUUUCUCAGAUGGCUAUUGCACUUAG